AUGGAGUCUGCUACCAAAAGCGGCGACGCCGAUCAGGCCCUCGCCCGUCUGGGCUACAAGGCUGAACUCCCUCGAAACCUCAGCAUGCUGAGCGUCCUCGGCCUGUCGUUCGCCAUCAUGGCCGUCCCCUUCGGUCUCUCGACGACAAUGUACAUCACCUUGACCAACGGCCAAGCUGUCACCGUUCUCUGGGGCUGGGUCCUCGUGUCCCUCAUCUCCAUGUGCAUCGCCGCAUCUCUCGCCGAGAUCUGCGCCGUGUUCCCGACGGCCGGCGGCGUGUAUUACUGGAGCGCCAUGCUCAGCACGCCUCGCUACGCUCCCAUCGUCAGCUUCGUUGAUGGCUGGCUCACGCUCGUGGGAAACUGGACCGUUACACUGUCGAUCAAUUUUUCUGGUGCGCAGCUAAUUCUUAGCGCCAUCACCAUCUUCAAUGAGGAUUUUGUCGCGAAUACAUGGCAGACGGUCUUGUGCUUCUGGGCUGUGAUGCUUGUCUGUGCUUUGGUCAACGCCUUCGGUUCGCGGUACUUGGACCUGAUCAACAAGGUCUGCAUUUACUGGACCGGUGCGAGUGUCAUCAUCAUUAUCGUCACGUUGCUAGUCAUGGCGCCCUCGCGUCGCUCUGCUGAGUUCGUCUUUACGCACUAUGAUGCUUCGGCAAGUGGCUGGCCCACAGGCUGGUCGUUCUUCGUGGGACUGCUGCAAGGUGCUUAUGUCCUGACUGGCUACGGCAUGGUCGCUGCCAUGUGUGAAGAGGUCCAGAACCCCGAACGUGAGGUCCCCAAGGCCAUCGUCCUCUCAGUCGCUGCCGCCGGUGUCACCGGAAUUAUUUACCUCAUCCCUAUUCUCUUCGUCCUCCCCGAUGUCAAGAUGCUUCUCUCCGUCGCCAACUCCCAGCCUAUCGGUACCCUGUUCAAGGUUGUUACCGGUUCUGCGGCUGGUGGCUUCGGUCUCCUCUUCCUUAUUCUUGGCAUUCUCAUGUUUGCAGGCAUUGGUGCACUUACCGCUGCGUCUCGCUGCACCUACGCUUUCGCCAGAGAUGGUGCCAUUCCCGGAUACAAGAUCUGGAGUAAGGUCAACCACCGUCUCGACAUGCCUGUCAAUGCCCUCAUCCUCUCUACUGUCGUUGACUGCAUCCUUGGAUGCAUCUACUUUGGCUCCUCUGCUGCUUUCAACUCCUUCACUGGUGUCGCUACCAUCUGUCUCUCUUCCUCCUAUGGUGUCCCUGUCGCUGUCAACAUGGUGCGAGGCCGAAAGAUCGUUAAGCACUCUCCCUACCCUCUGGGCAAGUUCGGCCCUCUCAUCAAUGGCAUUUGCGUCGUCUGGAUCGUCUUCUCCAUCGUCAUCUUCUGCAUGCCCGUUUCUCUCCCUGUUGAACCCGGUACCAUGAACUACGCUUCUGCCGUGUUUGCUGGCUUUGCCGCUAUUGCCAUCGUUUGGUAUGCUGCUUAUGCUCGAAAGAACUUUACUGGACCGCCAGUCCACGAUGAAGAUUCCUUCGAGCCUGGCGUGCAGGUCCUCAAGGGCCAGGAAGGUAGUGCGCCCGUACAUGAGGGAGCGAGUGAUGUUCCAGAAAAGGAUUCUAAUUAA